AUGUCGGACCGGCCUCACGUGGUGGUAUUGGGUGCAGGAGUUCUCGGACUCACCGAUGCCUUCGAGCUGCGCGAGCGCGGCUACAAAGUCACCAUCCUCGCGCGUGAUCUUCCGCAGGACACAUUCGCGCAGACCUUCGCAAGUCCCUGGGCCGGUGCCAACUGGUGCUCCUUCGCCACGCUCGAGGACAAGGCCAACCAGCGCCGGGAUGCAAUCACCUUUCAAAAGUGGCUCGAGCUGCACCGUCAGCUGCCUCCGGAGGUGAUGGCCAUGGUUGACUUUACCGACAUCAACCCUACCAAGCGCGAAGCCAAGGACGUAUGGUUCAGCAGUCUUGUUCCUGACUUCUCAGUGCUUCCCAACGGCGAUGGGACGGGUGCACACGCGAUCAAGUACAAGUCGUUUACAAUCAGUGUCCCGCUAUACACUCGAUGGCUUGUUUCGGAGCUCACAGCAACAAAGCCGACGCUGAUGAGUGCAGCACGUGCGGGGCCACCCGUUGACAUUCGUCGGUGCUCGACAAUGCAAUCGCUCGCAGCGGUACGAUCUCUCAUUCCGACCUGCACACUCGUGGUCAACGCAACAGGUGUGGGUGCGGGUGAUCUGGCCGAUGUACGCGAUUCCAACGUCUACCCCAUCCGUGGCCAAACCGUACUCGUCAAGGUACCCUCGUUCAAAGCCCCAAGCAUGGGUGCACGCUGCGUGAUGAAGCUUGGCAGCCCGGCGAACUAUGUGAUCCCACGCGCGAGGUCCGGCGAAGUGAUCCUCGGAGGCUCGUUCGACAUCCGUCAGUCCUCGACUACACCGAGCACGGAGUUGGCCGAGACGAUCAUGCGCGAGUGCGCCAAACUCGUCCCCGAAAUCGUCCCGCCGGGCAAGACGUGGCGCGACAUCCCCGUCAUCUCCCACAACAUCGGCCUUAGACCUGCCAGAGAGGGCGGGGUAAGAGUCGAGCUGGAAGUGCUGAAGAACGAUGCGAAGCCACUCACUGUGGUUCAUUCGUACGGUAUCGGUCCGGCGGGAUACCAGGCUUCGUUUGGGAUCGCUAAGGAGGUCGCGGACCUCAUCGAUGCACAUGCUCAGCAGGUCAGGCCCCACCUUUGA